CCUCUGAAGGGAUGAUAUCGUGUUCGUCGGUUAGUGCGCGCGUGUGUUAUUCUCCUUGAGGAAGUACAGCCAAUUUUUUGUUGGGGUGGAAGAAACAGUCUGGUUUGGAUCUCACCGAAAUUGCGAUCAAUGAAAACCAAGAAAAACAUGGUGUAAGAGUUGUGUUCUAUUCCGUGUGCUUAUUUAUGUGUAGAAUAAAAGUAACGCUCUCUGUGUGUCUUCUAUAUUGUGCAGGAAGACUGAUUAGAAGUUAGAACAUCGAUAAUGAUUAAAUCCGCGCCCUCUUCCAAAGCUAACAGUAAGGGGGGAUUGGUCUGAUGUGUGUACACACGACUUGAAGCAAACGCCAAUGUGUGGGGGUGAUUGAAGUGUCGGGGGCCAAAGCUUCCUGCGAUAGAAAUUUUCAUUUCAAGUGAAGCGCGUGUGUGUAUGUGUGUGUAUUUUAUGCUGCUGCCCUCGUCUGCAACAUAUCAGCCUCUCCAUGGCUAUUAUAUAAGCGAGAAAGAAGAGCAUAAGUAGGGUUUGUUUCGAAGGGGUUCGGGUAGGAGCACAACGGUUGCGGGGUGUUCCCUGAGGGAAAACAUCAUCAACGGUGCGCGCGAGAGCAAGCUUAGAAGAAGACAGUGUGCGUAUGACGUGCGCGGUGUGGCAGGCCUGUCUGUGAAGCAAUCGCCAGAGAGGGAACGUAGGACGCGAAGGGCGCCAGUCAGUGCCCGGGCUUUCGGGAGUAUUGGUGUGCGGGAUAUCGGUACUGCUUUUGCUUCCCUUGACAAGGGGCUCGCGUGUGUCCCGUUGUGCGUUCGUGUGGUCGGUGUACCAGGAAGCAUACGUGUGCGCGCGCGUCCGACCGCGUGCUUGUGUACGUGUGCCAGCCAGAAGAGGAGUCCAGGAAAAGAAGAAGCACCCCGAGAGGGAAGAAAAUUUCAUGCUGGUUCAGGCGAGCAUUAAAAAUAUGUUUUUCCAUCGCGGAGAGGUUUCGGGCCAUACAGGCAGAUUUUAAUGGUUUCUGGGAAAAAUUUCCGCGAAAAGUGUGUUGCUUUUGGAUUUACACUUCCGGCGGGUCCGGUUCGAUUUUCAACGGAAGUAAGUCGCGAGUGUAGAGUGUGAGAUUAGAGGAAAGUGCCAUUUCCGGAGAGUAGAAAAAGUGAAAAGGAUAGCUCACACAGGCAGCCACUAGGAUUACCGAGAAAAUUUUCAAUCUGUGCGUGAAAACUGAAUUUAUCAACAUUUUGUGCGUGUGUUCCCUGCCCUCGAGGACUGACUAAAAUAUCCACAUCCCCACCGACGUUUGUCAACUAUGGAUUAUCACCAAAAGCUGUAGAACGGAGACCUCGCAUCGAUCUCAUCUAACCGAAGGUAUUUGCACGUUUCUUCACAUCUGCUGUACGCUCAGCGGUUUUUCUGCAUUCAGGCCAAAAAGUGUAUGGCGUUUGCUGGCGUGGAAUAUCUUACAAAAUUAUAUACGCCAUAAUUGGAGAAGUUUUAACUUUUCCCUACAGAAGCGUCUUUCGAGUUCACACAACACAUGAGCAUCGUAUAAUUACCUCAUAGCGUGAAUACGAAUACAAAUGAGUUGUAAGUACAGCCUUUAAUCUUCAAUUAACCUCACAAUGAUGUUAACGUGGUAAGAAGAAGGGCCGACCAGCCAGCAACCGGUUUUAGUAACCCCGAAAAAAGUUCCCUCUGCGCUCUCUGAUGCGAGGCCGGCGGAGGCUUUCGAAGCAACAUCGGUACAUAUUUGGAGCUCCGCGAUCAAUGACCGCCCACGGAAUUACCUUCAUCAGUUCAGCUUACGCGGAUGCUGAAUUUCCCGGUACAGUCCUGUCAUCCUUAAUGGUGACAAUGCAACACAGCCACACAUCAAUCGUAGAUUAAAAUCAGUACCGAAUGCAAAAGCUGCCCCUCAGACUGCAACCUCCUAGAAGCAGUCAGAGCAACGGAAACAGUCGAACAAAGUUUCCACCCGCCACGUCUCCACAGCGAAUGGCUUCCAUCAGUGCAAAAAUGGCACCACACACGCAGGCCGCCAACCUAACCAUAAACCAGCAAUACCAACCCCACCAGUGGCCAUGGAGUACCAGCAAUACUAGCAAUAGCAACAGCAACAAUACCGCCACUAGCAAUAACAAUCCACCUGCAGGCAAUACUCACACGCUGCCGCAGCCGACACAGACUGUUGCUCCUGCUGUGACCUCUGCAGCGGCGUCCGUCACGGUGACCCAGGUGAACAAACUGAAACGUUUGCAACCGGCCCAAUCGGAGGCAAUCAACGGCGGCAGCAUCACCAGAAGCAAUAGCACCAACACCAUUGCCAACGGUGCCAAACGGUGUCGUUCGACCAGUGUGGAAAAAGUUAACAAAUCCGUUGGAACGAACACGACCGGACUAAGCGGACCACCCGGAUUGGUUGCGGUUGGCUCCGGCCUAACUAGCGCCACAUCCAGCACUACCACCAAAAAACUAACCCAGAUGGCAAUCGUCGCUGCUAGCAACAUCAACCAUCAUCAUCAUCAUCAUCAUCAUCAGCAGCAGCAGCAGCAACCGCAGAUCUCAACCGGUACGACCACGACGACUAUCACGAAGAACACGAAAAACUUCACUGCCACCAGCGGGAAUGUCGAUCUGAGCAACUCGAACAAGAUAACAGGUUACUUCAAGUCCCAAAUGAAAACCACCAACACAUUUAAUAAUCUAAAGAAAAAUAUUAAAACUAUAGCGGGACGAGCCACGACGUUGAAGACCACUGCCACCGCAUCUGCGACAUCGACGGCUACUGCGGAAGCUGAUGCGGAGAUCACUACGACCACUGAGCUGAUGACGACGACGUCAACAGUUUUGCAGCAGAAAAGCAUCAUCAAGACGGCGACGCCAAUCAAGGGCACCGGUGCCAGUUUGGAGAAGUACCUCAAUCUACUCCAACAGCAGCAGCUAGUGAAAAAGACCGACCUGGACGUCCGAACGAUGACUACGUCCGUUUCGCCAACUACAUCGCUGAAAAAGGUAGAACGCAAAACAGCGCGAAUAGCACCAACCGUAUCGCUUACUCGGAAAGUAAGCCACUCCACCCAGGGCGGUUUGGCAGUAGGACAACCCAAGAAACCUAUCUCCAUUGCUCCGAGAACGGCUGAUCCCAAAUCGAGUCUUAACUAUAACCAGCAGAUAGUGGCCACAAACGGUUGUCAAAAUCAACAGGAUCAGAUGGUCAAAUCCUCGCAGCCUACCGUCUUACUCACAGCAAUCCGGAUUCCUCAGCAGCAACAGUCCAUUCAAACACAAACUUCGCAACCACAAUCCAGCCAAACUCAACAGCAAUCACAGCAAAGUCAAGCACAACUGCAAGCGCAACAACAGUUCAAACAAGUUGUUCAGCAACAAUCUCCUAUCAGCAGUCCUCCACGAACUCCAACCAAACUUGGAUCGGCUAUGUUCCAGUUUCAUCCGCAGACUUCAGCUGUCAUGCCAAAUCUAGUUCAGAUUCCAAAUCUGGUACCGACUCAAUCGGUUUCCUCAGCAAACAAACUCAACGCUGUAUCAACGACCGCAUCUUCGUCCACCAGCAGCCCAAACUCCACAAAUCUGCUAAUGAGCAACGCCAGUCAUGGUCUCACUGCUACCCGCUUAAACAACGGUACUACUCAACUGUUCAUGAACGGAGCAGUCAUCAAGCUGCACCAAAUCCAGCAACAGCAGCAAAUAGCAGUAUCCUCCGGGCAGCAAAUACCGACAUCUCAGCAGAAUUUGACCAUGGAAGCAACUACUGUUAACAUGAGUCUCAACGGACUGCUAUCGAAACCACCUGCCCUCUCGACAUCACUGCCUUUAGCAGCAUCAGGCAAUAUCACCACAAACCAACAACAGCAGCAAGGUAAGACUUUUGCUCUCCAUGCGCAGCCAUCUGCACAGUUGUUCCAACAAGCGAACACUGCCACGGCUACGGCAUUUGCCCCGCAGCAACUUUUCAUGACUCCGGCCGGUGGCAUACUCCUUAAUGCGUCUGCUCUGCCGACCAUGCUAACGUCGGGAUUAACUGCCGCCAGUCUGCAGCAGGCACUUGCUCAGGCAGCUCAAGCCAACAUACCGGCUCUUCAUCCACUUCAACCCAGUCAACCUCAGGCAACACAGUUACCAAACAUCACUGCCAUCAUCCAACAGCAGCAACAACAACAAUCCCAGCAAACGGCACAACAGCACAAUUUUCACCAACUGCUGGCCAACAUCCCUCAAGCGGUUCUCCAGAACCUACAAGCCACUGCCAAAUUUGGCCAAGGGCCACAAUUCGUUCCUAUAUCAUCCCACUUAUUCCUCAGUCCGCAAACUCCUGCUCUUACAUCAUCGGCCUCCCUCACGAGUCCGAUUACGAUCUCAACCUCAACGAUGCCCUCCGGGUCCACCACAAUGACCCAGCCACUCUCCCCACCUCCACUAGUAGCCACUGUUCCAACCUUCUGCACCACGGCGAAACCGAUUAUGAAUACUCUGAACAAUCAAAAGAUCAUCCUCGCUUCGACCGCUACUAACACGACCACGACUAAACCACCGACAUCGAUUAAACCGAUUUCGUCGACGGAACCACCUAAACUGGUCCCGGUACAGCUAAACAAACCAUCAAUCUCCAUCACUCCGGUGCUGUCAAAUCCACCAAAACUGGUAGUGCCAUCACCGCCUGUACCAAAGCUGGUUCUCUCCGCUUCGGUUGCAACCAAAGCUACGUCCACCAUCUCCCUCCCCAAAUCAAAUCUAUCCCUAUCCGAGCCACCAGCAUUGGCACCCGCCUCGAUCUCGACCCCUCCUAUCAAAUUGAUUCGGCCGACGCAAGGUCCUUCUGCACGAACCAUUGACAACAAAUCUCCACCAGCAUUGAAUCCACUUUCACUGGACUGUGGCAGUAGCAACGAUAGCGGAAUCGUAGCCAACUCCAGCGACACCGAGGACAAAUCGCUAACCAUUGAUCUCUGCUCGCCCGGAACGCCAGAUUUUUCUCCGCAAAAGAAAGAAGAGGAACCUAACAAUCCGUCACCUGCUUCUCCACCACCGGUUUCGGAGUCGGAACAAGAUUCGAAAGACGAUGAACCAUCCGAAUCUGAACAACCGGAGCAUCCGUCGCAACCGUCGCCACCUCCGCUACGUCUACUUCCACCGACAAUCGAUAUCUACCAGUUUGACAGCAACUCGCUACCUCCAAGCCAAAAAUCUCCCAAGAGCCUAGUCCUGGAGCAGAUCAAACUUAAACUGCCGGAAAAGCCGGACGAUCAACCGCAAGAGUCAAUGUCAUCCGACCAGGACUCUACCAGCCAAAGUCCCCUCGAUGAACAACAGUCGUCUUCGGCCACCACCUCGGAAUCUCAUCGUUCAACGACUCCAGCGGACCUCUCGCCUCCUAGCAUCGAAACAGAUUUCUUGGACAUUCCUACGGCAGCCGAGUGCGCGAAAAGUCCAAUCCUUUCACAACCGAAAACCAUUCGCUUCCCAGCCCUUAACGGAGCCCACCAUAAUUUCGGUCGCAAAGGUUUCCGUCGUCUGUCGGAUGGCCGUUUGUUUGGCUUAUGCUACUGGAGUAAUUGUGACGCUCAGUUCGACACCAGCUCGAAACUACUGGAUCACCUGCAGAUCCAGCACGUCAAUAGUCAAACCGGACCAUUCGCCUGCCUCUGGGAAGGCUGCAAGGUGCACAACAAGGAGUCCUGCAGUAGACGGUGGCUGGAGAGGCACGUCCUGUCGCACGGUGGUUCGAAACCGCACAAGUGCAUCGUCGCCGGAUGUGGUUCGCGCUUCGGUUCUCAGUUGGCACUGGAGAAGCACGUCAAUAAUCACUUCAUCAACACGGACAAUGCGAGUUCGAGUAAGCGAUCGUCGGAUCCACCGGUUCCCAAGCUUCUCCGCAAGACUGGCAAAAAGAUGCGCUACCGACGUCAACCGUGGUCAGCACGCCGGUUUGAUUUCUUCGACAUUGGAGUGAUGGAAGGGCUGCAGCAUAGACUGAUCAUGGCCGGCAGUGUGGCCAGUGCACGCAGGGGUACAGUGACGUUCCGUGGACAAGCCGCAGGACGGCGAACGACAAGUACGGGAGAGGAGGUGUUCGUCAAGUGGUACCCGAGGGAAAUCAUCUCCGACGACUGGAUCCCAACGGCGGAAGUGUCCCUUACGAAAGAGAUCUCAAUCAACGAGCUGAACCCGGAUCAGCGGUUCGAGUUGGAGGCCCUGCUAAAGACCAAUCGAAAGGCCAAUGCAGAGCUUCUAUCGUGUCUCCACGAGCUAAACUUGAAACUGCAAGCGGAGGAGUCUGGCGUCACAUGCCGUAGUGGUGGCGGCGGUAGCAGUAGUAGUUGUAGUAGCAGCAGCAGUAGCAGCCGAAGCAGUAGUAGUUUUAGUUCCUCCUCGACCAGUGGCUGCAGCAGUAUGAGUACACCGAUCCCGUUCAACUCCCGGACGGAGCCCAAAAAGCUGAGGAAACCUCCGAAACAAUCCUAUUCAUCGACGUCGUCUCCGCUUUCGUCGGUGCUAUCGUCAUCGUCGUCGUCGCUACUCUCAAGCGGUAGUUGUAGCAGCAGUAGUAACGGCGGUGUAGGCGGCGGUAGUAGCAGCAGCAGUAACAACAGCGGAAACAGUAGCAGUUGCUCAUCUUCCGCAUCAUCUUGACCGACGACGGCAAAGUUGAUUUCCGAUUCGCUCUCACAGAAGCGAACCCGCAAGAGACUCAGCUCUAUUCGGCGGCAGCAUGCAACGGCAAUGCAACGGACCGGUCAAACGCACAGGAAGUUAGGUUAUUAAGACAACUUUUUUCCAUCUUUCUAUGGUAGUUGUGUAGUAAGAUGUAGUGGCGGUUUCUGAGGUCUGCGUGAACUGGGGCGAAAGCUUCGUCGCGUCUGAUCGGAUAGAGAACACACAACAUACAGUGGGAUCGGGUUUAAUUGUACAUAUAUAUUACCAUCGUGUGCGAAGCUAUAGGUGUUUUUCCACCAAUGUUAGAUUUAUUUGACCCACAAGGAUGGGAACAUGUCAACCGCCAUCAAUCGAUUUCGACCCUUCCGUCUAUUUUCUACCACUCGAUGGUAAACGCAACUAUUCGUUUAGGGAAAUUUUUGAGUCUGCGUAAUUCUAAUUUAGAAGAAGUGGCGCGCUUGAUCAGAAAGAAAACAAGGAAGAAUAUUUAAAUAUUUAGUUUUAGUAGAUCUAUUUUUCCGCUAAAAGCAAAAUAGCCCUAAAAGGCACAUUGAAGAAUGUACCGAACAAGGGGCGCACGUUUGUUUUAAUCGGUGUAAUAAUGUGAAUGUUUUCUAGGAUAAUUUUUUUACGUUCUGCGAUGGAAAGCGGCUAUCGUAUGAAAGAGAGCAAAGUAUAGAAUUAAUAAAAAAAGAUAAUAUUCAAUUAAAAAGAGAGUGAUUCGUUGAUCUCAAUAAGUAAAAAAGGAAAGCAAAACAAAAGUUUAAUUAUUUGUCAAAUCGUAUUGCUGUGAGAUGUGGUUGAUCAGGUCCUUUAUCCUGUCCAUUGAUUUUGUCCAACUGAACGUCUGUGAGUACUUUAUAGAAGCAGAAUGGUUCUUUUUUCUCAUCGAGCAAUGGUAGUUAAAGCGAAAUUUUGUUAGUUAAACAUCGUUCAAAUAAUAAGUUAGCGAUAUUGCGCAUUUAAUAUUGUAAAUUUUUAUAACAGAAUUUCUGACCCUAGUAUUAGUUGUUUCUUUUUCGAGUUUGGAAAGUCUGAUUCAGUACGGGGGAUGAGCAUAGAAAUACAAGGCGAAUGUUUUACCAACGAAGCAAGCAUAAGUCCAAGGACGUUUUAUCUGCCAAGUUUUAGAACGAACACAACAGCAUUCGACCAGAUCCCACCAGUGUUGGUUUGAAUUUACCACCACUAAGGUGCCACGGAGUGGUAAGAAUACACUGGCUAAUUUAAAAAAAUAUGUAAUACAUAUGAUUAUGUUUCGGAACAGCCGACCUGUUAGAAUACUUGUAAAAUGUCUAAGUUGGCUUCACCCAAAUCUAGGCUGAAAUUAUUUUAAAUAUUUUUGGAUAGUUGCGGCUCUCCAUCAUUUGCUAAACUUUUACACUAAGGCGUACGGCUCUAUUACUACAAGCAAGAAUCAGCUAUCAAUCUUGGGAAAAUCUGAUAUUGAAAUCCGUAAACCUCAUUCAUCGCGAUCUCGAGACAUCCGUGAAUAGGAGAAAAGGUAAAGGAUAUCGAUGGAGCAUGCGAAAAGUGAGUCGUUCAUUAUGAUCUCGAAUAAUGUCAAGCAGACGCAUAAGGUCGCGGUACUGCGUUGCACACAUUUCGUGUAUCUUACUUCUUGUGAAUUGUAAAAAGUUAAGCGAAUUCCCAUCUUGCGGGAAAGUAGCCCUGCUGCAGUGAGAGGUUGAAAAUCUUUGGUGGAGGGCGACAGAGAACAUCUGCACAUCGUUUAAGUACAGUCGAGGGAAUGCCGUCCGGUCCAGCGGCAAAUAGUUGGCAUGUGAUAUCCUGUUACGCCAAGUGAGGCGUGCUGAAAUCAAAAAACUUCACGAGGUAAUUGGCAAGUAGCUUCACUAACCUGCUGAGGAGAAGGUAUCGUUGAACAUUUACUUGAACUUGCUGCAACCGGUCUCGUUCAGGAACAUGGAUGACAGCAAGCCGCAUUCGUUUCUCUUGGUAUUGACGAAUGAUAAAAACAGUUUUGGGUGCCACGAAAUUUUUUCUGUGUGCUUUUCAUGUACUGAUAGUAGAGAAAACGGUUAUUGGCGCUAGCAUGCAAUAUUGAAUUCACGUCCGUGGUAAGUUGUACAAUGGUUGCAGCAUUUCCGAAUAGCAGAUGAGCUACGCUCAUUCCUACGAUCUGAAGGCAAGUAAAUUGAACCCAUACUGAUAACAUUAUGCGGUGCUUUUAUAAGGAUCCAUAUUUGUUCAAGAGAAGCGGCAAAAGGAGCACUGAAACUGUUAAAUUUGAUCAACACGGCUAUUAAAACUCCCCCGCCGCGAGGUUUUGAAUUAUUUUACUGUAGAGAUCGGUGCGAAGCACGUUGUACAUGGUGCCGAACAGUUUCGAUGAGAAGAUACGGCAAUCGAGCCACAUUUUUGUAAACAUUAUCACAUCGUAUUCUGCUUCAGAUACUGCCUAGAAAAAUGGAUCAAUUUUUGUUCGCAAUCCCCGUACGUUCUGAUAGUAAAUGCAAAAUUUGUCUUUAUGAGUAGGCUGGAAACUAUCAAAUAAAUGGCGAUGCUUUCACUAAAACAUCACUUCUUUCAGUUAUCCUAACGUAAAAUCCUACCGUUAGGACGUCUCCUUUUUGGCGAAUUGUGGAUGUUUUUGGAAAAUUAUUUGAUCUCUUCUGUGGACUUUCGCUAGAUCAUCAUGAACAUUAUACCAGAAUGAACGCUAGAGAAAAUAUAACCGGAAGAUUAAAUCAUCGACGUUUUCGCAAAUGUACUAAUUUACCAACACUAAAAACCUUUGUUGCUCUGGUUCCCAUCCUGUGAAUAGUACUGGCUUUUGCCGCUUUAUAGCGCAACUUUUGAAAUCCUCACAAUCAACCAGAAAUACAAUUAGAUUAGUGUUUAGCCAGUAGUAAAUUGUUACUCUGAAAGGUAACACAUUCCAGAUUUCAAUAAGUAUCCUUUCAUGGAUGGCGCAAUUCACCCGUUCGUUCCAGUCAUUCAAUUCCAGUGUAUACAGUUUGCAUUAAAAACACAUUUUUUGGAAGGAUGAAAAAGAAACUAUAAAAGUUAUCAAAACCAAACUAAUUUUAAUUGAUUUCUGUAUUGAUUCAUGAAAAUUACUCCAUUCCUUGAUGGACGGCCUUGCCGCAGUUGGCCGGAACGUUGUCCACCACCAGACAAGAAGAGAAUUAUUUUAAUAUUCUUCACCUUAUUGACCGGCUCCUUUUCGAGUUGCUUCAGGUUCGCCCAGAAAUUUAAAAUUGGACGUACCUGAAGGAUUUGGAGGGUUGGCGUUCGUAGGGUCGACUGCGAAUUAUAAACGUUACAUCUCCUUCAGCGACUGCUUCGCGUCCAGAUCUGGCCAGAACACGACAUCCUCCAUCGAGUGGUGUUACUUUAUGAAGACCACAACUUCCAGUAGGCAUGCUGUAUAACACCCUGUUGACUGCAAGUUGCGUAGAAUUAAAAACUGGCUCUAACAUCCCAGUCUCUCUGAUUGUCAGCCACAAAACGAUCCUUGGGAACUUCGUGUGGAAGAUGGAAAGAGUGUUCCACAUCAAAUUGCAUCACGGAAAAAACGCUGUAGAAAAUUACCUACUGGACCGAUCCUUUUCAAACUUUCAGACAAUAAAAUAUAAUCCAUUAGUACGCUUAUUUAUUUCAUUCAACUUCAAUACCAUAACCGCCCGCUCGCACCUUACGCUUAACUCCACUCAUUAGGUUCUGUACAACAGCUGGCUGCAGCUUCUUCUGUACGGAAACCCAAUUUUUCUUUAUGUCUUCCGCAGAUUUGAUCUCUUUGGCAUGCUUCCGUAGUGCUUGCUUCAAAACUGCCCAAUAUUUUUCGAGGGGCCUUAAUUCCGGUGCGUUGAUAUCCUUGGGUACUAAAAAGCUCAGUUGGCUUCGUAUUAUUUCAGUACAUUUGAAUAGUGACACGAAGCUAGAUCAGGCCAGAAAAUCGCAUGACCUACGUGUUGCUUCAACAGAGGAAGCAGACGCUUCUGUUGGCACUCCUUGAGGUAGAUCUACCAAUUUACAAUCCUGGUAGUCACGGACUGCGCACUCCGUUUGCCACAUGAGAAAAUCGCAAACUUUGAAAGUUUCUGCUUCCUUACUUCCUCCGGAACAUCAAACUUGUGCCGGGCGGUGAAAAACAAUAGCCCCGGAAACUACCGGAAGUCUGCCUUGGCGUAAGUUUCAUCAUCCAUGAUGAGACAAUGAGGCAUCUGGGUGUUCAGUUUCCGGACCCGUGACUUUCCCACUGUAUGUUGCCGUUCGUCACCAUUUAGAGCCUUCAGCACUUUGUACGUAUGCAGCCCCUCCCGGUCCUUGGCUCUCUGAACGAAAGACUUGGAUAGAUUGAACUUUUUGGCCUUAUCCCUGAGCGAUUGAGAUUCCGCUUAAACGCUUUCACUAACCGCUUGUGAUCCUGAUCACUAUUAGAACAUUCAUUCUAACCGCAUUUUUCCUUCCGUUCGAUGCUCAGAGUUUGAUAGUAACGUUAAAUCAGACGACUCACCGUUGACUGUACGAUUCCGAUUUGUUUUCCAAAGUCCCGAUGAGAGAGUUACGGAUUUUCCAGGUGCUUGCGCAAAAUCGAUUCGCGACGUUACUUUUUGGGUUAUGUGUUUUUCCCAAUUUUUGAAAAACUGACAGCGAUAUACAGGGAUGCCAGAUGAAAAAUCUGUGCGCGGCCCAUUUAAAAAUCUGUGCCAAUCUGUGUUAAGGAAAACGUACAAAUUUGUCUCAAAACAAGAUGUGACGACCUUUUUUUUGGCGAGGCAAAAAUAAGGCGCAAGGUCAAAAAUUGAGAAAUCUGUGUUAAUCUGUGCAUUGUAGAAGAAAACUGUGGAAAUAUGUGAAUUAAAAUUGAAAUCUAUGCAGCAUAUUGAAAAUAUCUGUGAAACACAGAUUAAUCUGUGCACCUGGCAUCCCUGGCGGUAUAAAUACAGUGUAAACAAUACACUCUAAACUACUUCUACCCAAAUUUUCUGGAGAAAAUACCCAAUAAGUUAUUUUCUACCAGCGAUGCCACAUGUUUUUUUGAAAUGUCUGUUGAAGAAUAACUAAAAUGUCUGUAAAAGUCUGUAGAUGGUUGUGUAAAUCCUAGUUACACUAAAAUUUUACUUUAAAAUAGAUUGAAAGUAGAAUUUUAUUGUGAAGGAAUCACUCGUAUUCGAAAACAGUUAUUCUAGUGCAAUUUUACUAAACACUAUUACCCUUUUAAAAGACUGUAGAUCUCUGGCUACUUCUGUAGGAGACAUCAAAAGUCUGUAAAAUACAGACAUGUCUGUAAAUCUGGCAUCGCUGUUUUCUACAGCAUUUGAGGGGCACUCUUUACUUCACGUGGUUGCUUAUCUCCUUCCUGGGAAAUGUGAAAUAGCUGAUCCGCUGUCAGCCAUUGCCGGCGAGCGUCGGGUACUCCUCCUCGCCUAUGAUCACAACUACGCGCUUCGCAGGAGACACAUCCUAGACAAACAGCUUAAGCAGCUGCUUCUGGGUGAUCGUUUGCGCUUUCGACACGGUCAGCCUCUACUUCCGCUGCCCCGUGACAUUGACCAUGUUGGCCAAAUACUUUUGGACCUCCCGGCCCAACCCGCAGAAGGGUUCGCCAUCUUGCCUUCCGUCUUCCGCUUCAUCCUUUAUUGCCCCUUCCUGUCACACGAAACCGUCUAAUGGCCGAAACCGGGUUUCGUUCAAUAUUCCAGGAUCGUGAACGUUUUCCAUGUGAAUGAGUAGAGUACACGUUGAUAGCUUUUCGUUUACUAGAUUGACGCGAGCUGCCAUUGAUAAAUGAUAGGUUCUCUUUGACGUAUUAAGAACUUAUUCUGAAGGAAGUUGCCGUGACGCUGGCGUUCUUUUCAAUUGACGGAAGCAGAUGGUUCGUGUACAUACUUUAUGCACUUGUAUUGGAUUGUCAACUACAAAUAUCUAGCUAGGAAUGGAUCAGUGCACAAGAAACCGAUAUCUAUCUGGAGCGUUUGAGUUUUGCAAAAAUAAAAUUAUAAUUUCGAGAUUACCACCAAGUGCGGUACUGAUUUUGACCGAAUUGAUAGAUAAUCAGAUAGACAAUUCGAAAUGGCCGACAAAGUGUUGCCUCUAGUUUGAAAUAUACUGGCACGAAGGCGCUAGUGUUUUCACGGUAAUCAUUCGAAUAUUUAGAAUUUUUUGGGGUGGGCGUAGCGUAAUUGGUAAAUCAAUUGCCUUGUACGCAGCGCACCUUGGUUCGAGACCCGACCCCGCACAUAGGGUUAGAAAUUUUUCAUAAGAGAUUUUUCUAACCCGAAGAGGCGAACGACCUUAAGGUUAAAACCUAUAUAAUCGAAAUAAACAAAAAAAUAUUUAGUAUUUUAAAGUUUUAUGAUUGUUCUUAGUGAUGAAACAUUUGACAUUGAUGGACGUCAGUUCGGUUUAUCAAUUAAUAUCACUGAUUGAGUAAAAUUGUUUAUAGUCCUUAUUAGGCUUUACACUAACCUAACACAACCUCAUAUAAUGAACCGAAUGAACUUCACUUGACAAUUCUCGGUGAUGUGUUUACAACAGAUGAACAUCCCUUGCAUUCAAAUUCAAAUAACGAACAAAGUAAUUGAAUACUUUACGGUGACGUGACAAAUGAACUGAGUGUUCAUUUUUUACAGCUCGCUUGUACUGUUUACAUGGACUUAGAAAAUUUCUUUGCGAUUUGUUUCGAGCGAAUCUAGUCGUCCACAAAUUUUUCUAAGUCCAUGUAAACAGUGUAAGCGAACUGUCAAGAAAAGUAAGGUUAACCGAGUCAGUGAAGAACCUAAUUCAUUCGUAUCGUCAUCUUGUAGAAUUCAACUCGAUCUGAAUAUUUUUUGGAACCUGCUUGACGAGAAGACGUUAUAUUCCAUUGAAUGCUGCAUAGGGUAGACGAGUCCUUAUCCAUCUCAUUAGACAGGAUAUCACACUAUUUCGUUGAUAACUCAACUUAGAGUUACUGGAUUGCGCUUAAAUAGGUAUCAUCAGUUUCGUUUCGUUCCUAAGAAGCAAUACAGUUAAAAAUUUUGCUUAAAAAAUGUAAAAUUCUCGUGUUUGAACGAAGCGAAAAGUCGAGUACAACGUACCCUUAUUCAUCCUACCAAUUGAGCUAAUGCGUUGAAUAGAGAUAGCAGAUACUGCCCUAACUAAUGUAUUCAAAUAGGUGGGAUGAAUAGAAGAGCUAAGAUGAAUUAGCGCGCAGAAACCCUACAUGAUGGGAAGAACCAUUCUACUGCUAUCGAAGUUGCACCAGUUCAGAAUAAGCAAUACAAAUUUAUUACUUGCCGUUAUUCUACACUAAGGGUCGAUUUCUUCACCCACGCUUAACUUUUAAACCAGGUUCGAUGCAUCGGUAAACCAGGUUUAAAGGUUAGGUCGAGUAAAGAAAUCAGUCCUAAACUAUAUACAGCAGAUUACGUUUUUUUAACGUGACUUCCAGAUUGAACCGGUCGAAAAAUUGCGUUGGUAUUGCCACUGUACAUAACCAAACUGUGUCUAACCGAAGAACCCGAAACAGAUCUAUAUUAGAUACUAUUCCAUCCUGUAAAUAGCAAACUUUAUCCAAAUAGAAACAACAAAACAACACAAACAUGCCGCAAGGUGUCGCACUGUACAAAGAAAACUAAAUAAACACUAUAUUUAUGUUACCCUUAAAAAGAAAGUGGUAUCCACGCGCAAACCAAAAACUGUAGCAGUCAAAACUUAACGAGUAACCAAAUUUCCCGUUGUAAAAAGUUCGAAACUAUGUACAAUUGCAUACAUACCAACGUUGACCAAAAUCUGCCAUCUGGUGACGAACCGGUCACCAUCCGCACCCAACAUAGGUGUUGAGCCCCAAACGACCUGUUUCUUUCCCUCCAUCCCUCUUUGCCUAUAUUUAUCGAUGAGCAAUGUUUAAUAUGUGCUUUUACUGUUUUCCUUUUUCACUGUUCAGUAGUAACAAAAAAAAACUGUAUAUCGAAACCCCACGUAUGUCUUUCCACGCGACCAAGUGUCUGCAUUUCAAGCUAUUUAUCCGUCGUGUAUUUAGUUUGUUAUUUUAAUCAAAAUCUUAAAUAGGUUUUAAGCUAUAUAAGCUGCAAUCGCAGUACGUAUUCAAGGGGAGAACUUUUUUUAGACCAUCUAAUCGUGUAUCAUUCUACUAAAGCACGCAGAAGGUAUAUAGUAACGAAAAUACACGUAAAUACACACGCGCCACUCGCCAACAUCAAUAAGAACAAAAGAACAAGAAAUAAUAGGUGUCUAUGACUUAUAUAUACAUAUAGUGUUACGAUACUAGAAGUUAGCGAAGCGAUAGCAAAAAAAAAGAACAAGAUGUAUAUGGAAACAAUAAUAAGAAAGUCAUUUUCCCCCCAUCACUUGUGUAAUUUUUAGUGAGAAAAGUGAGAUUUAGCCGAAAGAAAACAUGCAAGCACACAAACACCCAUAUGAAAGGUGAAAUCAUUAGUGUAACAUUUUUUGUUGUGACUAAAUUAACUAAAGACGAUUAUGUGUUAGGAAAAAAAACGAAAGGUAAUAAGUUUUCUGUCGAAAAAGAUCACUGCCAAAACAAAUGACUGAUUAAGUGAUUAAAGCAACAAACGAAUAUGGUACGAAGACGAACAACACUUAAGUAGCGAUGCGAACCUCAACAGGGACUAACCCAGAACAAACAUCGCCCUGACCGGUAGACGUAUAGCAAACUUAUUCAGACUUAUUCAGAUUUUCGUUGUAUCGUUUGAGUGAUGCUAGGCAAGCGAUUUCAAACUGAAGAGAUAAAUAUAUCCAAUCGAUCAUUCAAUCAAUUCAUUGAGUGCAGUAUUUUCUCAUGAAGCGAACGCCUGUUUUUACAUCACGUUGAACCACUAGAAAAUUGCGUGACAUAACCAAUCAAGUGUACUCAUUUCGAGCUGUUAACAAUGAUUUUGACACUGCCAUAAAUUUACAAAACAAAAGAUAGAUUUAGUCACUGGCUCAACGAAGAUGAAAGCAACCAGGCGUAUCCAUCGGAAUUGGUGCAAAAUACAUCCCCCUUCUUACUUAUCCACACACAUACAUACACACAAACGAUGCAAUUUGGUUUCAGUGAAACCGCCAAACAAAACAAAAAGCAAACCAACUGCCAUCAAAACUGCAUUCAUUUAUUCUUCUUUCGAAUAAGUAAUCAAACCUACAUGAGUGCUGGCCACUCGUUACAUUUACAAAUUGGAGAACGAUUCACCUGGUCUCAUGUAUCGACACGAGGCAAAACAACGGUCAUAUUUAGUUCAACCUAACAUUUCCUGCCAAACUAGGUUGCGAGAGAGAGAAAAAAAAUACGCGAAAUUCAUUAAUUAUUAUUCGCUUACUUUUGGACUGAGCAAAAUUUUUAUUAAAUAAAAAUUUAAACAGAAAAAACUGAAUUAAAUUAAUUUUUUAUCGAGUGUAAAGCUACUUUUUUAAAGUAAGGUCAUAAUUCACACACGUGUAGCGCGUCUAGCGCAUCGAAAGCAGACUUUUAGGUUAUAUUAUUUUUUUCGCGGUAAGCAAAAUAAUUUUCUUCGAAUAGAAGCGAAUGUUUAGAUUUUUACGUCCCACCCACUAGAAGAGAGUAGCAAAAAAUAAAGAGUGAACAAUACACAGUUAGUUUAAUUUUUUUCUUAAAUACGUAGGUAAAAUGGCGCAAAACAUAGCACGUGGUUACGAAGCCGAACAUGUGGCAGAGUGUGGAAAGUCCAAAAACAGUCACCUGUACAAUUGUAACACGAAAGUGUAAACACUUAUUUUCUCGACACAAGUUGUGUGUUUUUUGUACGUUAGAUUGUGCUUUUUUUCUUACCCUUAGGUUUGUUUUACUCUACUUAGCUCGUAAUAUUUCUAGCUGUAUCUUUAGUGUAAAAUAUUUUAGUUUCGAUAGAACUCCUUAUCAGUUUUGUAGUAAAUGUUACACUGUAAUUAAAUUCUAAAACCGAUACUAAUUUUAAC